AUGGCCCCGUCGUCAGCCUUUGUCACGCAUAUGUUGCAAAACCCUGUUCCUACGUAUCUUUUGGGUACACUGCCUGCGAUUCUCACAAUAGGAGCAGCACCCUUCUCGUCUCUAAAAUUAAAGGUUAUGCACAUAUUCACCUGUCUCGCGUGCCCCUUUGUAGGAUUAUCUUACUUUGACAAUAUCAAUAACGGCAAAGAUGAGAAUAAACAAGAUGUCGUAGAUGCUUGCGUCUAUUGGCUCAACAGCAAUCGGUUUGAAGGUGGCGUUUGGCCUUUCGGAUACCGUGUACAGGCCAUAGAUACGAGGCCAAAUAAUGAAAAUACGGCCUUGCUAAAAGUCCUCAGGAGUUGCAUAGCAAACGCAUCUGUCCUAGAUCGGUUUGCAUCUCUAGCAUCAGCGUACUAUAUUGUGGUCGGUAUAGCCCUAGGAAUCUAUCGAGCAGCAGGACCAUGCGAUAUUCAAGAAUGGCCUAUUGUUGCAUUUUUUUACUACUACUUGGAAAAUCGUCCACCACCGGGUGUGAACACCGAUGAUUACGUUUAUAUUUGGUUUCAAGUGUGGGGAUUUGUAGUUGGCGUGUUUUUGGUAAUGUUAGGUGUAUUAAGCAAUAAUCCGUCAUACUGGGUAAACACGUUUGGAGAUUCUUGUGAUACUUCUGCUUGUUUUACAUAA